UCCGGGGGCAGCGCCAGCGGCUGAGCGCGGUUCGGAGCCGGUGACGUCUGCUCCGGCAUCGCCGAGCGAGAGGAACGGGCGGGCAGAGCGCGGGGCCGGCUCCGGGCAGCUGCGGGGUCCCUGCCCGCCAUGCGCCCCCCGGGCCGCCCGAGGGGCGCGCCGGGGGCCGGGGGGCUCCGCUGAGCCCCCGCUAUGGCUCCGCGCCGCUGGCCGCUGCUCUGGGGCUUCCACGCCGUGCUGCUGCAGGUGGCCGCGCUCCCGGCGGGGCAGCGCCCGCAGGACAGAGCCCCGCGGCCGGCGGGAUGGCCCCCGGCCCCUUCACCCUCCUGGACGCCCACCCUGGAGCCGGGAGCGCCGGGGGACAGCGAGGGCGCGGCGGCGGCGCUGGCGUUCCUGCGCACGGGCGAUGCCGAGCGCCUGGCCCGGGCCAACUGCAGCGGGGGCGUCGCGGCGGCGACCCCCGGGCCCGGGCCGCCCCCGGGGGUGCGGGCAGCCCUGCGAGCCGCCCCCGAGGCUCUGAGCCACGCCGCCAAUUUCCUCAACAUGCUCUUCCAGACCAACGACAUCCGCGAGGCCAGCGUGGCCGAGGACGUGGAGUGGUACCAGGCGCUGGUGCGCAGCCUGGCCGAGGGGCACCCAUGGGUGCGCAGGGCGGUGCUGGCCCUGGACGCGCACCCGCUGGCCCCCAAGCCGCGGCUGAUGCUGCAGGCCACCAAGGGCGACGGGCAGAUCCUGCUGCAGGACGUGUCCGGCUCCGCUCCCAGCCUGGGCAACCUCAGCUGGGACCACGAGUGGUUCAAUGCCCUGAAAGCGCAGAGGGCGCCGGGGCUGCGCAAGAGGGUCCUGAGCAACGACCUGCGCAGCCUGGAGACCCCCAAGUGGCAGCGUGGGGACAGCUACGUGGGGGACACGGGCCACGUGUGGUGGUCGCGGCCGUUCCUGGAGUGCCGCGAGGGUCGGUUCCUGCCCCCCUGGGCCGUCACGCUCUCCUCCGCCUUCUACGGGCUCAAGCCGGACCUCAGCCCCGAGUUCAAGGGGGUCGUGCGGGUGGACGUGGAGCUGCGGGAUGUGGCCAUCGACCAGUGCUCCAGCGGGCCGGGCUGGUUCUCGGACACGCAUCACUGUGACCUCAACAGCACCCAGGCUGUCUCCUUCAGUGUGUCCCCCCAGGAGAGCCGCGGCUUUGUCCUCGGGAGGUACCUGUGCAGGUGCAAGCCGGGUUUUUACGGCGCCGGAGGAGUGGCCAGCGGUGCCUGGGCAGGUGGGUGCAGUGGGACAGACGGGGGUCCCGCCCUGGGGUGCCGCCCGUGCCGCCCCGGCUGUGCCACCUGCGAGGACGACGCGCCGUGCCUGGCGCAGGAGGACCCGGUGCUGCGGGCGGCCGUGCUGUCGUGCCAGGCCUGCUGCAUGCUGGCCAUCUUCCUCAGCAUGCUCGUGUCCUACCACUUCCGACGCAGCAAGAGGAUCCGCACGUCGGGAAUCAUCCUGCUGGAGACAAUCCUCUUCGGCUCCCUCCUCCUCUACUUCCCGGUGUUCAUCCUGUACUUCAAGCCCAGCAUCUUCCGCUGCAUCGUGCUGCGCUGGGUGCGGAUGCUCGGCUUCGCCAUCGUCUACGGCACCAUCACCCUCAAGCUCUACAGGGUGCUGAAGGUGUUCCUGUCGCGCUCGGCGCAGCGCGCGCCCUUCGUGUCGAGCGGGCGGGUGCUGCGGCUGCUGGCGCCGGUGCUGCUGCUGGUGCUGUGGUUUUUGGCCGCCUGGACCGUGGCCACGCUGGAGAACGCCCGCAGGAACGUCCCGCUGGUCAUCGGCGCCCAGACCGCCCGCCUGCGCUUCUCCCUCUGCGGCCACGACUGCUGGGACUACAUGAUGGUCAUCGCCGAGGUGCUGCUCCUGCUCUGGGGCAGUUUCCUGUGCUACGCCACGCGCGCCGUGCCCUCGGCCUUCCACGAGCCGCGGUACCUGGGCAUCGCCCUGCACAACGAGCUCGUGGUCUCUGCUGCCUUCCACGCGGUCAGGUUCCUGAUUGUCCCCUCGCUGCAUCCGGACUGGACUCUGCUGCUCUUCUUUGCUCACACCCACGGCACCAUCACCAUGACCCUGGCCCUGCUCUUCAUUCCCAAGUUCCUGCACACGGGCUCGCCGCUGCGGGAGGAGAUCACGGCCGAGGUGUACGAGGACGAGCUGGACAUGCGGCGCUCGGGCUCCUGCAUGAACAGCAGCAUCGCGUCCGCCUGGAGCGAGCGCAGUCUCGACCCCGAUGACAUUCGGGAGGAGCUGAAGAAGCUUUACCGGCAGCUGGAGGUGCACAAGACGUGGCGGAUGGCGACCAACAACCCGCACCUGGCCAAGAAGCGCAGCUCCCGCCGCAGCCUCGCCCGCUCCAUCCUGCGCCGGGGCAGCGCCGGGGACCGGGCUGGGGGACACCCUGGGGAGACCCUGUCCCGCCACAGCAGCGCCGGGGACCGGGCUGGAGUGACCCUGUCCCGCCGCAGCUCCUCGGCCAAGCGGCUCGGGGAUGCCGGAGGCACCAGCCUGAGGAUGCGGGAUGAAAGCUCCCGGCGCCGCUCCUCGGCCCCGCGCAAGUCCCGCAGCUCCGAGGGACCCCGCCGAGGGUCGCGCACCCCCAGCCCGCCCGAGGAGCCUCGGCCGCCGGCGGGGACGGGCUCGGAGCAAUCCGACAGCGACUCUCUGGACGCAGCCCCGCUGCUGUGCAAAUCUGCCAGCGCCCAGAACCUGACGGGGCCCUGGCCGCGCCCCCCGGGCCGCGCCCCGCCCUUGCAGAAGUCGCACAGCGUUGUGAGCGGGGCUCGGGAUGCGGCGCUGCUGGCCGCCCGCACGGCCGCCCGCAGGGACGAGUGGCACGGCAGCCGCCACCUCUCCGCGCCGGUCCCCGGUGACACCGCCACCCCCGAGGGUCGCCAGAGGGGCUCGGCCCCGCCGGGAGAUGCCAAGGGACACAAACGCGUCACCUACGCGCCCAUCAAGAGCGUCAGCGUGGACGGAGCCCACCCGGCCAGGAGGGUGCGGGUGACCGUGAGGAAAACCCCUCCUGCGCCCCCCGUGCGCUACCAGAGCCUGCAGCGCUCGGGGACAAUCAGGGACAACCCGGAGCCACCCCCGGGCCCCCCGGCACAAGGGACAGCAGGGGACGAGCCGGAGCGCGUGUCCCCAAAGGCAGGGAAGGGCAGGGUGCUGGCCCCCAGCGCCAGCUCGGCUCACGUCUGUCCCUGGGAGCUGGUGCAGGACGAGAUCCUGAGCAGGAAACAAAAAGCGGCAGAGUCAGGGAGCGCCGGGGACACUGCGGCCACCAGCCCCGGCCCCAAGCCGGCCCCCCAGAAGAGUUUCCGGAGCCUGGGCCUCGCCAUCAAAGCCCUCAAUCGCUCCAGGGGGAAGAGCAUCCUGAAAGGGAAAAGCGAGGGGAGCCUCAGGAAGAGGGGCAGCAGCAGGAGGGACAAGUCCGGCGUGGCAGAGGCCUCGGCCGUGUCCCUCGGAGGGGUCAGCCCCGAGCCCGCUGCCAGGAGCGCCGAGGGCAGCGGGCAGAGCCUGGAGGUGCCGGCCCUGCAGCACAACAACAACGCCGCCACCCCCGGGGAAGGCGCGGACUGGGGGGACAGAGGGACGGGAGGACAGCGGGACAGCCUGGCCGCGGGGACAGGCCAUGGGGACAACGCGGCAGAGGAGCCCAGCGCUGCCCCAGGGGCCGCGGGCAUUGGCGGGGGGCUGGAGCCACCCAGAGAGGGUCACCAAGGAGAGGAAUGUCCCCCGGAGGUGGCACGGGUACAGCCCCGGGAGGGGAGCGAGGGUCCUGCGGUGGAUCCUGGGGUCACAGCGGGGGAAGGGACACUGGAGCAGCUGGAGGGGACCAGCGGGUCCUUGCAGCCCCGGGAGCACCCGGAGGAGGAGCAGCCGCCUGCCAAGCCCAGCCCGAGCAGCGCCCGGGGCGCGGCGGAGGUGAAGCCGCGGGGUGAGGUUUGUCCGCCCGGCUGGCUCGGAAUCCCAGCGGGAAGGGGAGCCCUGAUGCGCCAGGAGGCGAUCGCGCCCCGGGAGGACGGCGGGACCCCAGAGAGCCCGGAGAAGGCGCUGGGAAAUGGGGACAGCCAGCCCGAGCCGAGCGGGGUCCCUGGAAGGAGCUGGAGCGGGGCCGGAGCGCGGGGAGAUUCCAGCUCCAAACCGUGGAUGGGAGGAGGUGAGGGGGAUGCGCUGCGCUCUCCGGGCAUGGAAAAACCACCAGAGCUGCCAAAAGUGGCCCCGGAGCAAGCAGAGGGCAGGAGGGCUGAGCUGUGCCCGUGGGAGAGCCGGGAGCAGGGAAGGAGCGUCCGGGCUGAAAUCUGCCCCUGGGACACAGAGGGGGCUCGGCCGGAGCAGGAGGGGCGGGGGUCCCCAAAGUCUGGAGAAGGUGUGGAGCAGCUGGGACCCCCAGCUCUGCCCAGACCCUCAUCCCAGCAGGAUGGAACCACGGAGAGAAAAAAUAUCUGUCCCUGGGAGGUGGAGGAUGAGCCACGCUCAGAAAAAGAGAUCUGCCCUUGGGAAGAGGCUGCAGCUCCGUCAGGGGAGGAGAGGUUGAGGCAGGACACACGAGGCACUUCCAAAAGGGAAGAAAAAGUAGGAUCGAGAGGACUGGAAAAAGGAAAGCAGCCCCCGGCCAAACCCCAGACUGGGAGCUCAGCACUGCCCAAAGCAGCCCCAGGGAAAUCCCAGAGCUCAGAGAAGGCAGAGAUCUGUCCUUGGGAGAGUCAGGAUGUUAAAUCCAGUGAAAAAGCUGAAAUCUGUCCCCUGGGAGGGGGGAAAUCCCAGAGCUCAGAGAAGGCAGAGAUCUGUCCUUGGGAGAGUCAGGACUCCAAAUCCAGCGACAAAGCUGAAAUCUGUCCCUGGGAAGUGGCUGCACCUGAGAUGGAGAAAGGAACAGCCCCAGGAAAGGAGAAACCCCCAGGAAAGGAAGACACCAAAGCUCUGGAGAAGAGCAACAAAGAGAGGGAAUCGAUCUGUCCAUGGGAGAGCCUGGACACGGAGCAGCCCCAGGCCAAACCCCAGACUGGGAGCUCAGCACUGCCCAAAGCAGUCCCAGGGAAAUCCCAGAGCUCGGAGAAGGCAGAGAUCUGUCCUUGGGAGGUUGAAUCCAUCGGCAAAGCAGAAAUUUGUCCCUGGGAGGGGGCUGAGCCUCACCUGGAGAAAGGAACAGGCACAGCAAAGGAGAAACUCCCACCAAAAGAAGCAACCAAAGCUCUGGAGAAGAGCAGCAAAGAGAGGGAAUCGAUCUGUCCAUGGGAGAGCCUGGACACGGGGCAGCCCCAGGCCAAACCCCAGACUGGGAGCUCAGCACUGCCCAAAGCAGCCCCAGGGAAAUCCCAGAGCUCAGAGAGCCUGAAAGCCAAAAUCUGUCCCUGGGAGUCUGAGGACUCUAAAUCCAGUGACAAAGCUGAAAUCUGUCCCUGGGAGAAAAGAACAAGAUUCACACCAAGAGAAGCCUCCAAAUCUCUGGAAAAGCAGAGCAAAGACCGAGAGUCCAUCUGUCCUUGGGAGAGCCUGGACACGGAGCAGCCCCCGGCCAAACCCCAAACUGGGAGCUCAGCACUGCCCAAAUCUUCUUCAGGGAAAUCCCAGAGCUCAGAGAAGGCAGAGAUCUGUCCUUGGGAGGUUGAAUCCACUGGUAAAGCUGAAAUCUGUCCUUGGGAGAGUCAGGACUCUAAAUCCAGUGACAAAGCUGAAAUCUGUCCCUGGGAGGGGGCUGAGCCUCACCUGGAGAAAGGAACUGGCCCAGGAAAGGAGAAACUCCCAGAAAAAGGAGACACCAAAGCUCUGGAGAAGAGCAGCAAAGAGAGGGAAUCGAUCUGUCCAUGGGAGAGCCUGGACAUGGAGCAGCUCCCGGGCAAACCCCAGACUGGGAGCUCAGCACUGCCCAAAGCAACCCCAGGGAAAUCCCAGAGCUCGGAGAGCCUGAAAGCCAAAAUCUGUCCCUGGGAGUCUGAGGACUCUAAAUCCAGCAGCAAAGCUGAAAUCUGUCCCUGGGAGGUGGAUGAGCCUCAGCUGGAGAAAGGACCAGCCCCAGGAAAGGAGAAACUCCCAGGAAAAGAAGCGACCAAAGCUCUGGAGAGGGACAGCAAAGAGAGGGAAUCGAUCUGUCCUUGGGAGAGCCUGGACACAGAGCAGCCUCUGGCCAAACCCCAGACUGGGAGCUCAGCACUGCCCAAAGCAACCCCAGGGAAAUCCCAGAGCUCGGAGAAGGCAGAGAUCUGUCCUUGGGAGAGUCAGGAUGUUAAAUCCAGUGAAAAAGCUGAAAUCUGUCCCUGGGAUGUGGAUGAGCCUCAGGUGGAGAAAGGAACAGGCACAGCAAAGGAGAAACUCCCAGGAAAAGAAGCAACCAAAGCUCUGAAGAAGAGCAGCAAAGACCGAGAGUCCGUCUGUCCUUGGGAAAGCCCGGACCCAGAGGAUCCAUCCAAGAAAUCCGACAGCACGGAGAGCAGGAAAUCUGAAAUUUGCCCCUGGGAAGCAGCAGAGCCCAUCGUGUCAGAGGAGGAAAUCUCCCAGGCACAGGGAGCCCACAGAGCUUCUCCCGCAGGGGUGGCACAGCCGGGAGCCAGCGCCGUGUCUCCAACACUUCUGGAAAAAUCCGGGGGCAGAUCCCGUGGGGAAGCCGAGCACAAGCCCCUGUGCCGGCUCCUGCCCAGCAUCCAGCACCCAGGGGUGGGCAGCAGCCCCAGCCCCGGCCCUGGCCUGGCUCAGGUUUGUCCUUGGGAGGCUGCAGAGGCGCCAGCAGCAGCUGCCGAGCCCGGCCCGGACACGAGGAAAAGCUCCGAGGUGUGUCCGUGGGAGGAGGAGAGCACGGAUCCCUCCUGGAGCUGCCCCGGGCAGGGCAGGGCUGGGGGGAGCCCCCGGGAUGGAGGUGGGGAGUGAGGGGAUCCCAGCACCAGCGGCUCCAUCCAUGGAUCCAUCCAUCCAUCCCUCCAUGGAUCCAUCCCUCCAUGGAUCCAUC